AUGGCCGUGAAGAGGAUGCGUCGGCGGAGUCGCGAUUACGGGCAAUGUCCCGCCGAGAUUCUGCUGCACCUCCGGCGGAUACCUGCUUUCCUCAAGCAGCACGGCCUGCAUCACACCGCGCACACGCUGGAGAUGGAGGCCGGAGUGUUCUUCCAGGCGGCGCACCUGCUGGAGCUCGUGAGUCAAGGACGGUGGGGCCCCGCGCACCGCUACCUGCGCAGCUUCUCGGCCCUUUGGGGCGACGACGAUGGCGCCGCGACCCGGCAGUACACCGCCCUCCUCGACAGCCUCGCACACAACUCAAAGCUAGCUUGGUUCGCCUGCCGCGGCGACGAAGGCGGCCGCGCCGCCGCCUUGCGCAAACCUCCCUUCCACCUCUUCCGUGAAUACCCCGAGACAGCCGAACGCGAGGCCAUGUACUGCUCCAUGGCCUCCCAACAAGCCAGGGAAUCCGUGGACUGGAAUGACAUAAAACUCAGGACCUUAGAGAAGGCGAAAGAGCUGCUGCAACUGCGUCCCAACCUGGAACUCCUACCGUCGAACCAAUUGCCGCGGCACAUGCCCAUGCCUCAGGACAUAGUUCCUCUUGGGUACGGAUUUACAGCUCAAUUGCGAGCUCACACAAUAGUCAAGAACAAUAUCACUUUGAUCUUUUUUGCACACUACUGA